AAAAACCUUUGCCGUCAGUAGUUAACCAACAUUUCGUGAGCUCGGUUUCGUCAACCCAACAAAACGGGAAAAAUCAAAGAAUCUCCGAUUUUUUUUCUUCUUCUCAUUCAUAUUUUCUCCUCAAUGUGUGAAUCUCUGGGAGUGUGUGUGCGCGCGUGUGUGUGUGGCGUUGUAACGUUUUGUGUAACUAUUGGAAAUUGUACAAAAAAAAAAGAAAAUUAAUAUUUUUAUUUAAAUAAUAACAACAACAAAAAAGAAGCUAAAGAUCUUUGGAAACAUGUAUUUUUGAUACCAAGAAAAAGUUUUUAAAUUUUCAUGGGAAAAAAGAGGUUUGAAAAAAUUUUUUUUUUGAGAAAAAAAAAGUGGAAGAACCAGCCAGAAAAGAGAAACCAAGAAUCCUUUUUAUUGAUUUUAUGUUGCGCAUUAAAUGGUGAAAAAAGGCAAAGGAGACAUAGAAGAAGAUUAAGUCCAAGCCACCAACAAAAAUUGUCAAACAAGAAAUUUUGAAAGAGAGGGAGAGGGAGAGAGAGAACCUCAUUUGCUGAGAGAACGCGUGUGUUAUGUUUGUGUAACGUAAAAGCCAAGUCAAAGCCUUCAAGUGGCCAACAGUAAAAAAUAUAUAGGUAUGAUGGUAUUGGUGGUGAAUUAAAACCGUGGUGAAUUUUUCAACGCUAUUUUGUUUACCCUACUCUCUGCACUCAUUUGGGCUAACUCUGCGUUUUUUUCUUUUUUGCCAGCUUCGAACACACGAAGCAUAAGCAUAAAGGAAAAAUCUGCAAUAAAGCAACAACAAAUACUUGUACAUGCAAAUACAAAUACAAAGUGAUUGGAAAAGAAAUACAAAGUAUCAAGAACAAGUUACGGCAAGAAUUCUGCCUUUGCCAGAGAAUUUUAUUUGAAUUAAAAACGAAGGAAAAAAAUACAAAAAUAAUAAUAAAAAAUUAAUAAAAAUAUAAUUUCAGUUGAAAAAAUAAAAACAAAUACCAAAUCUAAAGGAAAAUCCAUGAAAAAAAUUGAUGGGAAAUAACAAGAAAAUUGGUGUAUAACAAAGAAGAAGAAGAAUAAAUGGAGGAAAAAAUACCUAUUAGGAGAAUUCGAGAAGAAAAUUGUGUUUUUUUAUGAAAAAUAAUUGAUUAAAAAUUAAAAAAAAAAAAAUACUUUUACCUAAAAAAAUACCCAAUCGUUUGUGGAAUUAAAAAAAAAAUUGGAAAAGAAAAUUUAAAAAAUAAUAGAAAAAAAAAUAAAAAAAAAUUAUUAAGUGAAUUUAAGUUAAUGGAAAAUACAAAAAAAUAUUUUAAUAAAAAUUUGAUAUUAAUAAAAAUAUUAAAAUUAAAAAAAAUAAAAAAUUAAAAUAUUUUAACAUCAAGUGUGUGUUUAUGCAAAAGGAAUACCCACAAAGGAGUCCUUUAUCUCAACCACAGCCAACUAAAAAGGAAUAAAAUUAAGGUUAUCAUCGUCGAGUUCGAAAAGUCAUUCGAUAACAAACAACCUUUCGAUAACUUGCCCAUGAUGCGACGAAGUCCAACCUAAGGGCACCAACACUUGGCAACACAACUUAGGUUUGAUGAUUUUCGUCGUCGCCGUCGUUAAUUUCAUUCCGCUAAACGACCACGUCGACCCACGUCGAAUAUGCAGAGUCUAAGCAAAAGUCGUGAAGAUUUGGUUACAGCUUCAAAAUUAGCCUCACAAAUAGCUUUAGCAUCGUACAAACAUCAGCGACAUGGCAGCAGUCCGAAUUUGUAUCGCGAUCAGACGGAUAACAUACAAAAGAGCAUUGCCUGCCUACAGGAAGACCUUGGUCACCUGGGUCUAGGCGGUCCUACCGAUUUGCCUUACAAACCCGAAAUUACACAUCAACAUCAACACCAGCCACACAAAAAUGUUGUCGUCGAUUUAAGCGACAGCAGUGCCGAAAACACCUGCCAACAUCGAUGGCCACCCAAUGGGGGGACAUUUGGCCAUGGCGACAAACCCAUUGGCUGGAUGUAUGGCCUGUUGGGUUGUAUGAAACCCGUCCUCUCAUUCAUUGGCAAGGCGGGUGUAAUUGAAAUUAAAAACCAAAAGACCGAAGAUUGGGAAAUACCCUUUGAGUCGAUAACCGAUCUCCAGUGGUUGGGUAGUGGCGCCCAAGGUGCGGUUUUCAGUGGCAAACUGAAAAAUGAAAUUGUCGCCGUGAAGAAGGUGAAAGAUGUCAAGGAGACGGACAUAAAGCAUUUACGAAAAUUGGAUCAUGAGAAUAUCAUUAAAUUCAAAGGUGUCUGUACCCAAUCACCGGUUUAUUGUAUCAUCAUGGAAUUCUGCCCCUAUGGCCCUCUACAAAAUAUACUCAAAGAAACAGAGUUCAUGUUACCGUCCCGCCUAGUUUCCUGGUCGAAACAAAUUGCCUUGGGCAUGCAGUAUUUACAUUCCCACAAGAUCAUACACAGAGAUCUAAAGAGUCCAAAUAUCCUUAUAAGUGCCGAACAAUUGGUCAAGAUCAGUGAUUUUGGCACAAGCCGUGAAUGGAACGAGAUUAGCACGAAAAUGAGUUUCGCUGGCACUGUGGCCUGGAUGGCUCCCGAGGUCAUACGCAACGAACCCUGCUCUGAAAAGGUAGACAUUUGGUCCUAUGGCGUUGUUCUCUGGGAAAUGUUGACCUGUGAAAUACCCUACAAAGAUGUCGAUUCCUCAGCCAUAAUAUGGGGUGUGGGUAAUAAUUCCCUUAAGCUGCCCAUACCCUCCAGUUGUCCGGAAGGUUUCAAACUCCUCGUGAAAUUGUGCUGGAAAACAAAACCCCGAAACCGUCCAUCAUUUCGGCAAAUUCUUUCCCAUUUGGAAAUUGCCGGUCCCGAAUUGCUGCGCAAAACGGAAAAACAAUACUUCGAAACUCAACGUUCGUGGAAGGAAGAGGUACGCUCCCACAUGAAGGAGAUGACUCAAAAUGGUACAAGCAUACACAAAUUCGAGCAGGACUUGAUAAGGCGUCGAACCGCCGAAUGGCGACAUGCUCAAGAUAUACGCAUGGUCUAUGAGGAUAAAUUGGAGAAAACCAAUCGUUUGUAUUUGGAAUUGAGUGAAUGUAUGUCUCAGCUGCAGGAGAAGGAAAAAGAAAUUGCCGAGCGAGAAAAGAAAUUGCCCGGCUACAAGCCGUCGAAACGUUUCGGUACAACGUUACGUAAAAUGCAGUAUUAUAGACGUAGACUUAAUGCACCACCAGCCAUGCUAACAGCUGCUUCCAGUAGUCAAACGCAAACGCAACAGCAGCCACAACAAGAGCAAUCUUCGACACCAAAUCCCGAAACAACACCAGAGAGUCCCGUCAAAUGUGCUCUCUAUGCUCAAUUGGAUGGCAAUACAUGCCAGACGAAAUCCUUUUGUGUAGCGACACAAAAAUCUAAAAACAAAUCUCGACAUCGUCGUGUUGGCUCAGGUACCUUUGCCACUGCGGCACCCAGAUAUAGUCCUAGUCGUGAUCGACGCUAUCAAAGUGAACCGGAAAAUCGUAAAAAUAAAAUGGUCGAUACAGAAACUCAAACGGAUGCCAUGGAUGUUAGUGAACCGGAUAUUAGUCCCAGCGCCUAUUUUGCCACGCAUGACAUGGCGACAAUGUUAAAUCACUGCCCUGUACUAUCACAAGCCAUAGAUAUUUCCUUGAACGUACAACGACAACAACAAUUUGCCCAACCCCAGACGGCGGCGGCGGCGACGACAGCAGCAGCUUGUAAUUUAAUCGCGCAGCCCCGAAGUAUGCAUCACAAUCAUGCGUUGAGCGAACAGCAACAACGAAUACCCCAAGCAGCUCAAUACAAUACAACAUCACCCCAGGCCAUAACACCCACAAGCCCAAACGGCAAUGGUUCGCUGACCACCAGUGAUGUUACCUUUCAAGAUGCCUGCUCUAGUCCCGACCAGCUAUUGGAUGAUGUUAUGAACAGCAAUGAACGUCUGGAUAUUGCCGAUUGUUGUAGUGAUAAUGAAAAUCUCGAGAGGCUGGGACGUAAAGUCAUUGAACUGAUCAAUGAAAAUCGUCUUUCCAUGCAAUCCUCCUUGUCGAAUACCUCAACAAAUGGUCAUACGCCUCCCAUUGGUAACCAGGCGAAUACAUCACAACCUUUGACGCCGGAAAAUGGCAAUUCGGAAUGUUUGACAAGCAUGCAUGAGGUGUUGGAUGUUAACAAUGGUUCGACAGCGGUGGAAAUGCGUACACCCCGGUUGUCCAGGUGUGCAGGUUUGCAUAGGAAUUCGGGACGACAGCAGCAACAACAGCCACACCAGCAGCAGCUGCAGCAGUCACAAUCAUUGGCCAGUUGUGGUGAUGUCACAAAUGCCAAUGGCGAGUCAAAUGAGGAAUUUUGUAAUGACAGCUGGUCCGAUGAAGAGGGAGAGGAUACCGAUUACAAUUAUUCCCUAAGGAGAAGAAGCAUUGGCCGUCUUCCCAUAGGUCGUGGACGACCCCGACGUAGCUACAAAACACCCAUAACACCAAAAAUGCCCAUACAGAGCCACAAACGUAACACCAUCAUCAUUUCAGAUGAGGAAAAUACCUCGGAGUACAGUCACUCACCUUCGAGUCAACACUCAACAUUGGAAAGUAAUCCCGAUAUGCCGGAGGCAUUACAAAAAAUGGCCGUGGCAGCUAGUACCACACAAAAUCAGCUAAUAGAAAAUAACACCACAACAUCGUAUUCGGAAACGGAAUCAAGUGAUACAGAGUCUGGAGAAGAUGAUGACGACGAUGAGGAAGAAGAAUCUUAUGACUUGCCAACUGUUUCAUCAGCCAUACACCAACAACAACGACAAGUACAAUUAACAGCUUACAAUAAGAAGAAGAACUCAGUCUCAAAUAUUGCUGAUACAACAACAACAACAUCAGCAGCAGCAGCCGUAGCAGCUAGAAAAGGGGAUUCUCCUAAACAGUCUUCCUUUAGCAGCAAAAAACCACAGCAGCAGCAACGUAAUAACAAAAAUGAUAUUAUUUCAAUACCAACCUAUGACAAAGAUGGCGCCAUAAAUAUGGUUUGAAAAUUCACAAAGUUUUGUAAAAGGUAAAGAUACUUGCCCUUCUUAACCCGUAAACUUGGCCCUUGAAAGGGAGUACCACUAUUAUUUGCCAUUGUGUUUGCCAAACAAAAAAAAACCCAAACAACUAGAACCUCACCCGUAAAUUGUUUUGAAGAAAUAUGUUCAAGGUGCAAUAAGAAAUAUCUGGCAGAUGGAGAUCUCCAACAGAUAAUAUUGAAGAUUUCUCAGAGGAUCUGAGUAUAUCCUCCAGAUAUUUGAGAUUAUGGUGUAAUGAAGUUUUCGAUGUUAAUUCCAAGUCCAUAUGCAUCAAUUAAGGCUCUCCAAAGAAGAUAUUUAAAAACUAAAGUUUUUUCUAAAAAGCUUAUGACCUCUCCGGUCUUAUGUAGUUAUUUUUCCAGGGCUGAAAAGCCUUGAACCUUGUCAAUUUUCAGACAACAAACACAAAUUUUCUAUACCAGGCCCUUGGGGGAAAAAAUAAACACACAAAUGACCAUAACCUCAAAAUUUGAUAAACGAAAAAAAGGUAGUAUCUUGAAAAAAAUCUUCGCCUCUUUCCUCCUACCUGCCAUUUGCUGGCAAAAAUUAUCUCAAACCCACAAAAAAAAACAAAAGAUUUUCAGUUGAACUUUCCAAUUUUCAAAUUGAAUUGGAUUACCCCUAAUCUAUGCUAUUGAUUAUUUGUAUGUAUGUAACCAAUAAGUAUAUUAUAUUGAUAUACUCAAACAAAAAAACAAAGAAAACACAACACACACUUAUAAAGCAAACGAAAAUGUUAAGUAAAUUAUUUUAUUUAAUUAUAAUUAAUGUUAUUAUUAUUAUAAUUACCCAAUUUAUAUAUAAGUGUAUGUAUCUAAUAUUUAAUAUAAUCUAUGUUAUUUACUUUAAACAAAAAAUAUAUAUAUGAGCUACAUAUAUAUCUCCACACACAAAGAAAAAUUCUUACAAAAAAAUUAGAAGAAAAAAAAAGGAACAUAACCUAUUUUUAUUUUAAAUUUUGGUUUCGCAAGUUUUAAAUGAUUUUUUUUUUUUGAGAAAUUUAAAGAAGCUCCUGAAUAUUUUAUGAGCUACAUAUAUAUCCAGACACACAAACAAAAGUUCUUACAAAAAAUUAGAAGAAAAAAACAGAAACAUAACCUCAACUAUUUUAAAUUUUGGUUUCGCAAGUUUUAAAUAUUUUUUUUUCGAGAAAUUUAAAGAAGCUCCUGAGUAUUUUAUGAAUAUAUCUCGACACACACAAACAAAAUUUCUUAAGAAAAAAAAUUGGAUACAAAAACAGAAACAUAACCUCAAUUAUUUUAAGUUUUGUUCCACAAGAUUUAAAUAUUUUUUCGAGAAAUUUAAAGAAGCUCCUGAAUAUUUUAUGAGCUUCAUAUAUAUCUCGACAUACACCAACAAAAAUUCUAAAAAAAAAUUUUGGUUUCGUUUGGUUUUAAAUAUUUUUUUUCGAUAAAUUUAAAAAAGCUCCUGAAUAUGUUAUGAAUACAUCUCGAAACAUACAAACAACAAUUCUUACAAAAAGUUAGAAGAAGAAAAACAGAAACAUAACCUCAACUAUUUUAAAUUUUGUUUCACAAGUUUUAAACAUUUUUCGAGAGAUUUAAAGAAUAUUUUAUGAAUAUAUCUAAACAUUUCUCAAACAAAAAUUCUUAAAAAAAUGAAAAAAAAACAGAAACAUAACCUCAGCUAUUUUAAAUUUAGUUUCACAAGUUUAAACAUUUUUUCGAGAAAUUUAAAGAAGCUCCUGAAUAUUUCAUGAAUAUAUCUGAAUGUAUCUCGACACACACAAACAAAAAUUCUUACAAAAAAUAGAAAAAAACGGAAACAUAACCUCACAAUUUUUAAUUAUUUUUUUUUUAGAAAACUUUAAUUUUUUCGAGAAAUUUAAAGAAGCUCUUGAAUAUUUUACUUAAGGCUUUUUUUGAAGAUCUUGGAUUACAAUAUUUUAAAAUAUCUCCCCAAAAUCUUUUCCGUGGCAGAAUUGCGACAACUUUUGGGAAAUAUGACUACAACAAGCCAGACUUUUUUUAAAUAUCUUGGAAACCUAUUUUAACAGGCUAUUGCAGUGAGAUACUUUGGGGAAGCACUUACCGUAUAAGAAAUUCAUGGCCAUUAAAAAAUGUCCUAAAAUUGACAUAACAUUUUUACGUAAGAGAAAACAUAGAAGAAAACAUUUUUCCGCAGGUGACUUCCAUUUUCUCCACUUUCCAAUAAAUUAUCAUUUCAAUAAUGAUUUUUAUACCCUCCAUCAUAGUAUGGGCAUAUAUUAAGUUUGUCAUUCCGUUUGUAACACCUCGAAAUAUACAUUUUAGACCCCACAAAUAAUUCUAUGCCGAUUUAGCGAUUACCGUCCGUCUAUCCGUCUGUGGAAAUCCCUUUAGCUUCCGAACGAAAUGAAGUAGAUUGAUAAAAUUUUACUCAAAUGUAUAUUAUGUCUGCAGGACUUCUGGUAUUGAAAAUGAGCCAUGUAGGUCCACGUUUUGGUAUAGCCCCCAUAUAACGGUACCUCCCAAUAAUCGGUGUUCUGACGAUUUUAGCGACAUUAUUCACCGGAAUUAUUUCAAAUUUGGUAUUUGAAGUUCGUAAUGGAUACUGCAGCCUAAGGCAGAAAAUUGUCUGUGCAGGUUCACAUUUUGGUAUAGCCCCCAUAUAAUAGUACCUCCCUAUAUUGAUGAUUUUAGCUACAUUAUUCACCGAUUUUUUUCAAGUUUUGCAUUUGAAUAUUGUGAUGGCUUAUGAUAAAAGUUGCCUAUGCAGGUCCACGUCGUCUUUUAGACGAUUUUAACAGAAUUUUUAACGGAUUUUUUUUUUUUUUUUUGAAAAUUGCCAAAUUCGUUCCAAAUGGUGGGGGGUAUUCAAAGAUCGGCCCGGCCGAACUUACAGCUUUUUACUUGUUUUCAGACAAAAAGAAUCAACGAGCCCCACAAUUUUCAUUUGUUUUCAUUGUGUAACAAAAAAUCUUCCUGCACAGAAACGAGAAGCCAUGCGCCCUCUCCAGGAACACCUUGGAAAGCCCAAUUGUAUUCCCCUGUGUCCAUUUGUCUAAGUUUUCCACUUAAUAUUAUAUUUUUUCAUAUAAUAUUCACAAGCCAUUACUCCACACAACUUUACAUCGCCCAAUUGUUCUAUUUGACACUGCAUACUUUUAGGCGUUAUGAUUUGACAUUUGCACAUCAUUAUAGCAUGCUAUUUCUUUUUGCUGGAAAAAAAUUUGGAGUAUUAGGAGUCUGAAACCCUUUUUCAAGAUUUGUUUUGAUGAACUACCACCGUGGACAGACGGAAGGACAGGCCAAAAUCGACUAAAAAUAUGAUUCUAUGGAAGUCAUCAAAAGGAAUUAUGGGUCUAUUUCGUUUCCCUCUGCAUGUUGUCAACAAAUUCAAAAAGACUGGGGUAUUAUGUUGAGUUGAGAUAUUAUUGUAAACAAUGUUCCUCUGUUUAAAAGCAAAUAUUUGUGAGAUAUUUUAAUUCAAAUUAGGCUACUGAAUGGGGCUUCAAUGUAUGAUCGCUCUUUUAAUCCUGGUUGUAUUUUGGCUUUAAUUUUCUUUUGGAACGUUUUCCUCAUUAUUAGGGGCUACAGAGACUUAUUAUUAUUAUUUUUUUUUUGCUUGAUUUUUUACGAUUUUUUUUUUUGCUUGAAAAACUAAAAUCUAGUUUGAAAUCUUUGAAACUUUGCCAAAAGUUUUUCACAUAGAAUUUCAAUUUUUAGAUUUUCAGUUUUCGUAUUAAACAUGUUUUGAUUAAAAUUGGAUAAAAUUGUUUUCUAUGACAUGAUUCCUUCUAAUAUUUCCUGUUAAAAAAAUCUAUUCAAUGCUAUUUCAAAGUAAAAACAAAUUGUACUUUACCUCAAAAAAAAUUGUAAACUUAACCCUACUUUUUGCAGAAUUAAAUAUUUCUUUUUUUAAGAUAAAAAUGACUUCCUAAAAUAUGAAGAAUUGUCACUGUCAGUGCUGUAAACGCUGCUCCAAAUUCUCGAAUUAAAAAAAUCAGGAACUUUUUUUUACGAAAAUUAAAGAUUCUUUCCUUCCUAACCUCACUUUUGUGGAACACAAGGCUAACUCAGCAAUUUCUCAGUAUACAAUGUAAACAAAUGAAUUAGUAUGUAACAUAUUCUGUACAAAUUCCUCAAAAUAAUCAAAAGCUGAAAAAAUUUCACAUAAAUAUUUUGAAAAAAAAUGUUAACUUUUUGAAAAUAAAAUUAAAAACUUGUACUGUGAUUCUAAAAAAUUUAAAAAAUGUUGAAAAAAUUCACAAAAAAAAAUGUUCUCAAUUUCUACGAAAAGAAAAAAUUCUUCAAAAAAAUUGUGUUUGGAAAUUUUAUAAAAAAUAUGUUUUAAUAUAGAUAAGUAACUCAGGAGCCAGGCAUGGAAGGACCAAUAAAGGUGUAGAUACCUAGAAGGCUUUUUUUAUCGACUUAUAGGUGAGAAAGCAUAAAGCGCUGGGUAGGUUGUGUUAAGGUGUGGGUACAUAAGCAGGCAUAUUAAUGCCAAAUUAUAAGGAAAACCGACAGCAGGAUUCAAGUGCCGCUCUUUAUGAUUUGUAAUGUGAAAACUUCAAGCUGCUUAUGUACCCUCAUCUUUAGUUCAAUUUCAGCCCAUAAAUAAUAUUUGGUCACCCUAUUCUCCUUUUUUCUUUGGCAUAGUAGAAGAAUGCAGGUAGAUGCAUCAUGACUUGGGAUAUGACAAAAAAAUUUAAAUGUUCUUUCAAAUAUAAGUAGAUUUUUAUACGUUUUCUUAUACGACGUCAUUCGGAGCUUAUUAUAAUUUGCGUUUUUCAACAAUUGUUAUAAAUUUAAAUAAUUUUUUAUUCAACAUUUUCAUUUCCAAAAUUGGUUUGACAGUUCACUGUCCCAGCAGUUGUGUCGAUGUGUGUAGUUUUAAUUUAGAAAACAGAAAAAAACAUAAGUAAAUAACAAUAAAAAUCAACAUACGUCCUACAAAUAAAUAAGAAAACAACAACAACAAACUGCAUAUAAAAACACAAACUACAAAUAAAAAUAAUUAAUUUUUUUAGUUAACUACAAAAAAAUAUAUAUACUUAUGUCUAGUUGUAAGUGAAAAGGAAAAUACAAAUAUUUUAGUUUUUAAUAACAUUUUUUGUUUAUUUUUAUUUUAGGAAACUUUAAGUUUAAACUCAAUAAGUCUGUGGUUUUGUUCAACUUUAAUUGCUAUCGUAGCUGUUAGUCUCUAUAAUACCCAUAAACAUGUGUUUGCUUUAGAUCAUAAUGUUAACAUAUCUUAUUUUGUAUUAUUUUACAAAAAUUUUGGUUUAUUCUUUAAUCAAUUAGAUUUUAGUUAAUUUUAAUUCAUUAAUUGGUUAGUAAGAAAAAAAUAAAAAGAAAACCCUUGAGAUCAUCAUUCCAUAUGAUAACAGAGAGUAAUUAAUGUUCUCUCUCUCAUGGUUUUGUUGUUUACAACAGAGAUGCCCUCAUUGGGCAGUUAUAACAUAGACAAAUGAAUGUCUAUGGUUAUAAUUGAAGUAUGCCCCGUAAAAGAGUUGGCAACACUGCAUUGUAUUGCCGUGUAGUACAACGUAAUGGAAUGUAAAGUAAGAUUAACGUUAUGCUAAAAGAUAUUGUUUUAAAAUGGUAAAUUGUAAAAACCUUUACAAAAAAAUAAAGCUUUAAUUAUUUAUAUCAAAUACAUUUAAUUCUUUAAAUCAGUUGCAUAUUGUAACGAUAUUUGGCAGAAAAACUGUCAAGUAUUUACAAAUUCCUAGAGGCAUUACACAAACAAAAUGUUUCCGCGGUUUCCCCCUUAAUGUUGCUCUACAUUCUGUUACAAAUUUUAAAAUAAGGAAUUUAUUAUUAUCAUUACAUUGCCAAUAUUGAUGUGUAUAACUUUCCGUUGCAUUUUAAAACUUUGGAAUUUGACAUGCAUGGUAAGUUUCAUGGAAAAACAACUAAAGGUGCAAGUACAUAAAAAGCAUGAAUUCAUGGCUAAUCAUAUUAAUGUCAAAUUAUAAUGGAAAACGACGGCAGGAUUUUAGCCCGGCUCUGUAAUCCCUUUAUGAAAUGUCAUAAAAUAUGCCUAACCAUGAAUUCAAGCUUCUUAUGUACUUCAACCCUAAGAAUAAUGUUCUUGCUUAUUUUGUUAGUGAAACUUUCCAUGUUUGUGAAUCCUUUUAUGUUAUGUUGCUUAAAAAAAAACCAAAAAAAAAAACUCCAACAACAAUCAGCUAUCCCCGAUAUAAAAUAUACUUGCACAAAAAUCUUUGCUUGAGUGCCUUAAUGCAAAUUAUGAAAAAAAAAAACAAAAACAAACGAAAUUAUUAUAUUUUUUGUGCUGCAUAAAAAUACAAAUUUUUUGAUGACAUGUUAUUGUAAUAAAAGAAAAACAAAAAAAAAUACAUAAUAUUAAGAAACGACAAACAAAACAAAACAUGAAAAUUAUAUACAAAACACAAUUACUUUAUAACUAAGUAAGAUAUGAUAUAAUAAAUGUAAUAUGCAAACAAAACAGAAAAAAACAAAUAUUUAUUAUUUUAAGCUGAUCUUACACCCAACAUAAUACAUACAACAAAAACAAAACAUUUUUAGCUUAUAUACACAAAGAAGAUGAUUAUAAAACAAAAUAAUUAUUAAUAUAUACAUUUAACAAAAUAAUGGAGAAGUACUGGAGAAGAAAAUGAAAGAAAAAAAAACUCAAAACAAAUCGAAAUGAAAUUAAAAAACAAGAAAACUUAAACAAAAUAUUAUAAUAAAAAAUAAGGCAUAUUACUUAUAAACAACAACAACAAAAUACAAAUACUAGAAAUAUACAUAAAAAAUAAAACGAAAAGAAAUACACACACAAAAUAAGAAAACAUA